AUGGCUGCUGAAAAAUAUCCAGGACUGACCGUUGUUGGGUCGUCGUCCGAUGAUGCUGCUACUACACACACAAUUGGUUCUGCUGGCGCGCUGCCAGCAAAGGACAAGUACAACAAGACAAUUGAGUUCGUCGAUGUGGAGUCCCAGCAGUCGACUUCGUCAGCUACAAUAAGCGAGAAGCUCGGUGACGGCGACGGCGACGCGGACCCGUUCGCCAACGAGGGGUCCCUCCAGCAGGGGCUCAAGUCCCGGCACAUCCAGAUGAUCGCGCUCGGCGGGGCCAUCGGUACGGGGCUCUUCGUCGGUACGUCCUCGACACUUGCUCUGUGCGGGCCCGCGGGGCUGUUCAUCUCGUACAUCAUCAUCUCCUCCGUCGUGUACCCAAUCAUGUGCGGGUUCGGGGAGAUGGUGUGCUACUUGCCCGGGAACGGGAACGACGCGUCCGGGUCCGCGGCACACCUCGUUGCUAGGUACGUUGACAAAUCGCUCGGGUUCGCCACGGCGUGGAACUACUACUACUGCUACAUCAUCCUUGUCGCCGCGGAGUGUACCGCCGCGUCAGGGGUGGUCGAGUACUGGACAGUCGCGGUGCCCAAGGGGGUGUGGAUCCUCAUCUUCCUCGGGAUCGUAGUCAUUUUGAACUUCGGACCGGUCAAGUACUACGGUGAGGCGGAAUUCUGGUUUGCGUCCAUCAAGAUCCUGUGUAUCGUCGGGCUGAUCAUCUUAUCGUUCAUACUGUUCUGGGGGGGUGGGCCCAACCACGACAGACUCGGGUUCCGGUACUGGCAGAGACCAGGCGCGUUCACAGAACACAUAAUGAAGGGCGGGUUUGGCAGGUUCCUUGACAUUUACUCCGGGGUCAUCAAGGGCGGGUUCGCCUUUAUCUUGGGGCCCGAACUGGUCUGCUUGACCUCUGCGGAGUGUGAGGACCAGCGCAGGAACAUCGCCAAGGCGGCAAGAAGGUUUAUUUGGAGACUCAUGUUCUUCUACGUGUUGGGGACGCUUGCCAUCAGCGUCAUCGUCGCAUACAACGAUCCUAGUCUGGUGAGCGCGCUGGCGAGCGGGAAACCAGGCGCUGGGUCCUCCCCCUUCGUCAUCGGGAUCCAGAACGCAGGGAUCCGCGUGCUCCCCCACAUCAUCAACGCGUGUAUCUUAUCCAGUGCAUGGUCUGCAGGGAACGCGUUCAUGUUUGCGUCGACACGGUCGCUGUUGACAAUGGCGAGGAACGGAGACGCCCCACGCGUGUUCGGGAAGAUCAACAGGUUUGGUGUCCCCUACGUGGCCAUCUCCCUUUCGGGGGGCCUUUCCUGCCUUGCGUUCUUGAACGUCAGCUCAUCCACGGCAGACGUGUUCAAUUGGUUCUCAAACAUCAGCACCAUCUCUGGGUUCAUCGGGUGGAUCUGCGGGUGUGUCGCAUACAUCCGGUUCCGCAAGGCCAUCUUCUUCAACGGGAUGUACGACAGACUGCCCUUCAAGACCUGGGGGCAGCCAUACGCCGUGUACUACUCCCUGUUUGUCAUCUCGCUCAUCACGCUCACGAACGGGUACGCCACGUUCAUCCCAAAGAACUGGAAGGGCUCGGACUUUGUCGCCGCAUACAUCACACUGCCCAUAUUCGUCGUGCUGUGGGUCGGACACAAGCUCUGGACCCGCACGUUCACCAAGAGGUGGUGGAGGCGCGUCGACCAGAUCGACGUCACUACGGGGCUCGUGGAUAUUGAGGAAAGAACCAAGAUCCUCGACGAGACAAGAGUGGAACCAUCGACAAGAUGGCAGAAGUUCAUGGACGCCGUGCUCUGA